UUAACUGCCUGCUGCCACCUGAACAUGUCUGUGCUUUAGUGGACGUAUGAACUCAUGUGUAAAGGUUUACAAACGAAAAAACAAAUCACGUGAAAAGUUCAUAAAAUCCACUUUGUGUGUAAACAUCUGCACUUGAAUUGCCCCUUUAACCGAUAUAACACAAGGGAUCCAGAUGCAUGAGAAUGAGGAGGACUGAUAGGCUCCUUUUAAAGCCAUCACAUUAGCUUCUUCUCAGGUAUCAAAUCCUCCGGCCUGUGCCAAGUCACCUGCUAAAGCAGUAAAAAAGCCCUCUUAUUGGCUGGACGGAGGGGCAACAGAGAGGUUCAGCUUGUUAAAAGGUAGUGCACUUUUUCCUCUUAGAGAAGAGAACGAAGAGGCGGCACAAGCUGAGACUAGGUGAGUGUUAUCCUUUUAACUUCUUUCGAAAACGUCAAGGUCUAUGUUGACCAAUUUGGUGUCUGCUUCUGUUGUUAGCGGGUAUCUGUACAAUGCCCAAUAUUCUCCACCCAUUCAUCAUGCUCAUGACCCUGCUGGUGGUAGCAACAGGGAACCAAGCAUCAAUAGCCAAGACCACACAGUGGCCCCGAAUGAAGCCCACUAAGAAGCCUCCACCUCGGGAUGAAGGUCCACCAAAAUUGGGGUCCAUCUCCACCACUGUGAGUCCAACAGCAAUUGGCAUCACUGAAGAAGUUACAGACGCCAUGAUGGAUGCGUACACCAUUACGUCCACCGAUCGUACUACCUUCUCCAGUGAUACUUAUUCUGCGGACUACCACACGGAGGCCAUGGUUCCUCCUGGGGUGGGUCCCGGGAACUACACGCUGGACUACAACGAGUGCUUCUUCAACUUCUGUGAAUGUUGUCCACCCGAGAGAGGUCCUCCGGGGCCGGUUGGAGAAAAGGGAUUGCCGGGUAUUCCAGGGGUAAAGGGGGAGAUGGGACCUCCGGGAACUCCAGGUCAAGAAGGACUCAUUGGUGCUCCAGGGCCGCAUGGAGUAAAAGGAGAGAAAGGCGAUACUGGAGUGAGCGGGCUACCUGGGAUUCCUGGAGUUACUGGGAAACAAGGAGAGAGAGGUGAAUCAGGCCCUAAAGGAGACAAAGGAGAUACCGGUUUCCCUGGGCUGAAAGGAGACCCAGGGGAGCGUGGAGAGGCUGGCUGGAAUGGAACAAAGGGAGGGAUGGGUGAGCCUGGCAAACAGGGAUUGACUGGCCCUGCUGGACCAGAUGGCAUCAAGGGCGAGAAGGGUGACAAAGGAGACUGUCCAUUUGGAGAGAAAGGCCAGAAAGGCAGUACGGGGGAACCAGGGCCUCAAGGGCCUAAAGGAGAUCCGGGUGUGCCAGGAAUGAGUGGAACAGACGGGCUUCCUGGAUCUAAGGGGCCAAAGGGAGAUCCGGGACCUCUAAGUAAGCAAGGAGAGCCUGGUCCUCCAGGACCACAAGGACCACCAGGACAAAGAGGGAUGCCGGGGAUGAAAGGCACAAGAGGCUUAAAAGGAGCACGAGGGAUUCGGGGAUUUAAGGGCUUUAAAGGUGAACCUGCCGUUCAGAAGCGCUCCGCCUUCAGUGUUGGUCUUUUCCCCAGCCGAUCGUUCCCGCCACCAGGACUCCCCAUCAGGUUUGACAAAAUCAUUUACAAUGAGGAGGCUCACUGGGACCCCAAUGCAAGUAAAUUCAACUGCACCCACGGUGGAGUUUACGUCUUUUCAUACUACAUAACUGUACGUAAUCGUCCCCUGCGUGCAGCCCUGGUGGUUAACGGCAUUCGGAAACUGCGAACGCGUGACUCUCUUUACGGCCAGGACAUUGACCAGGCCUCCAACAUGGCAGUGCUCCGUCUAUCAUCUGGAGACCAGGUAUGGCUGGAGACUCUGCGGGACUGGAACGGUGUUUACUCCAGCAGUGAGGACGACAGCACGUUCUCUGGAUUCUUGCUCUAUGCUGAUGCCACCAAAGAUUGAUGGCCAGGAAUCACGUUAACCUCUAGAUGAACCGGAUUUAGAGCUUUAGUCUUUCAUAGAGGUGGAAGCUGCCUAUAUUAUAUUAACUACUUGACCCUUAUUUAGAUUUGUAUACUAACAGAGAAUGUACAGCCACUAAGUAUUGUACUGCCGGUUUUGUUUUUGUUUACUAAAAUAACACUUUUUAUAAACUGAUCUGUGGCAGCUCUUUAUGUAUCCGUUCACGUAUUUAUACGACAUACU